AUGUGUUUAUAUAAAACACAAAGUUAUCAGUUCAAUGUAGAGCUUUUAAACCUCAGUGAAGGAACUGUACAAGAUGACCGAUGUUUCAGAACAUCAACCGUUACUGACAAAACAACAAGAGAUGAAGGUUCCCAGUAAGACCCUGCUAAUGGUUGUUUGGGCUGCAGGAAUUGGAGGAACUUUUCAGUACGGCUACAACGUCUCUAUCAUAAACGCUGCAACUAAGGCAAUGCAGCACUUUAUUAACCAGACGUGGAUGCAGCGUUACGACAGUCACAUCUCACCAGAGCUCCUCACACUGCUCUGGUCCUCCAUCGUCUCUGUGUUCACUAUUGGGGGAUUAGUGGGAGCUUCAGUUGGAGCUUCUCUAGCAGUUCACUUUGGAAGAAAAGGAACGUUGUUGAUCAACAACUCGUUCUCUCUGUUAGCAGCAGUGCUAAUGGGCUUGAGUUAUCUUACUGCUGUAUUCGAGCUGCUCAUCGCUGGUCGUUUCAUCUCCGGGAUAAACGCAGGUGUAGGGAUCUGUGUUCAGCCACUGUACCUGGGGGAAAUUGCCCCCCGUGCUCUGCGUGGCACCAUGGCGAUGGGAACAUCCAUUUUCAUCACAGGAGGAAUUCUAACAGGACAAGUGAUGGGACUGACUGAAAUAUUAGGUGGAGAACAGUACUGGCCUCUUCUCCUUGUCUCCCCGUGUCUUCCUGCUGUUCUUCAGCUCAUUUUCUUGCCCCAGUUUCCUGAAAGUCCUCGAUUCCUGCUGAUCGACCGAACUGAUGAAGUUUCUUGCACCACUGCUUUGAAGCAGAUCCAUGGUGGAGAACAUUUCCAGGUUGAGAUGGAGGACAUGCAGCGAGAACGAAUCAGUGCUGAAGGAAUCAAGCCCAAAAAACCCUGGCAGCUUUUUACUGAGUGCAGAAACCGCUGGCCUCUUUUUAUCAUCAUCAUAAUCAGCACAGCACAGCAGCUCAACGGCAUCAACGCUAUUUAUUUCUAUGCAGAAUAUAUCUUUAGUGAAGCUGGAAUUCCAUCUGAAAACAUUCCUUAUGUCACCGUGGGAACAGGAAUGUGUGAGUGUGUAACAGCGCUAACGUGUAGUUUACUGAUUGAACGAUUGGGACGUCGAGCUCUGAUUAUUGGAGGAUAUUCUCUCAUGUCUUUGUGGUGUGUCUGCUUUACUCUCACACUCAGCUUUCAGAAGUCCAGCUCCUUGGUGCCGUAUCUCAGCAUGCUCUGUGUCUUCGCCUUCAUCCUCAGCUUUGGCCUUGGACCAGGUGGUGUGACAAACAUUCUGAUUACAGAGCUUUUCACCCAGACCACUCGUCCUGCAGCAUACAUGAUCGCUGGCUCAGUCAACUGGCUCAGUUUCUUCUUCAUCAGCUUGGUGUUCCCCUUCAUAGUGAGUGGACUGCAACAGUUCUGUUUUCUCGUGUUUUUAGUGAUUUGUUGCCUCGUCACCACAUUCAUCUUCUUUUUUGUGCCAGAAACUAAAAACAAGACGUUUCUGGACAUCCAGUCUGAGUUACAUGAAAAGAAGACAAAUGUGUCUCAGGUGUCUAACAAAGUAGACCUCUCUCAGGUGUCCACAUCUCUGUGACAUGGACAUGGUUAUUGUCUCUGCAGCUUCACAGCAGCUUUUUAUUAUUUUGUGUUUUCCUCAGUAACUCUGCUCAGAUGUGUAUUAAUGAAGGUCUUCUCUGCUUCGUGUGAUUAUUGGAAUGUAACAAAGACCAUUUUUACUUUACUUACUUGUUGAUGACUGAAAUGACAUUAAAGCUCCACACACUUGUGCUUGUAAAUCAUCACAACUUUAUGGUUGGUUAUAUUUAGCAUCCUAAACAAGUGGCACCUGACAGGGAAAAGUGUCACUCAAUAAGUUACACUAGAAAAGUUAAAGUUAAAA